AUGGAUGAAAAGUGGAAGGUAUCAAAGAAGGAAGCAGGAGGUUCGACCAGCCAGGCAACCACAUCAACCAAAUCAUUAUUCUCAAGGAGUUGCUCAACAAGAGACUCUUCUUCAAACUCUUCUCUCCUAAGGAGCUUUUCCCAAAAGAGUUCCUCUACAUCCAAAAGCAAUCUUCCUAGAAGCUUUUCACAGAAGAACCCCUCUAUUGGAAGGAAAUGCACCAAUAUAGCCAAAGAACAGAAAGCCAGAUUUUACAUCAUGAGGCGGUGUGUAGCCAUGUUAGUUUGCUGGCACAAGCAGCAUGGCGAUUCUUUUGAAGAAAGCUGA